AACUGUGGUGUCCUCAUAGUCUGCAGAUGUCCAGUGGCUGACAGCUGAGGAGAGGAACCAGGCUAUGCUCCCUCUGAAAGCAGCAGGAUGGUCGGAGUUAAGGGACAGAGACGCCAUCUACAAGGAGUUCUCCUUCAGAAAUUUUAAUCAGGCAUUUGGCUUUAUGUCUCGAGUGGCCCUGCAGGCGGAGAAGAUGAACCAUCACCCCGAAUGGUUCAACGUGUACAACAAGGUCCAGAUAACUCUCACCUCCCAUGACUGCGGCGGGCUGACCAGGAGAGAUGUGAAGCUGGCGCAGUUUAUUGAGAAAGUCGCCGCUGCGGUGUGACUGCCCCCUCGUGUGCGUGGAUCCGUGCUGAGCACAGGCGAGAGGCUGUGGCGGGCACCGCUCACCAACAGACGGCCUUGUAAACCCACUGGCAGUUUUACGUUUUGUAUAAUCAGUUCUUAAAUACAAAAUGAUCGAAACCUGAGCCUGAGGCAUUUUUUCAUUGUAUCUAUUCACAUACAUAUGAUAAACCAACCCAGGUAACUAUUAAGUUAUAGAAGUAGUGUUUUUAAAGACCAAAAAUUGGGAUAGGAGAAUGUUCACACGCUUUAUAAUCCAGAAAUUCAAAAUCAUGAUUUUUAUAGAUGUGUUAGAGAAUAGGUAUAUGUUAGAAAAAGAAUCAUAAUGGGGUUAUAUAGUAAUUCUUUUUUUAAUUUUUUUAUUUAUUUUUUAUU